AUGUUUCACAGACGAAGGAAGGUGUACGGCCUAGGCGACCCUGAAGAUUUGUUCCACCCGACCUCAACCUUCCUCUGGUUUCUUCGUCGUGGCGCUACUUUACAUCUUGACCUACCAACUGAGUGUGCUGCACCGUGGCGCCUCAUGUUUCAGUUAGUGCUAUAUUCGAAAUGUCGCAAUACAUCCAUAGACGUUGCUGAAAAUUCUUCGACAGCCCAAGACCGGCUUCGCCCUGCUUGGGGCUCAUUAGGUGGGAGCGGUCCCGGAGUUUCCUUCCACCUUAUGUUCUAUUUGAACCCAAAUUGCACGAACUUGUCGAAAUGCAUUCACUGCGCCUACCUGAUGAGCCCCAAGAAGGGCGAAACCGGUCGUGGCCUGGUGCAGCACAUUCAGUUGCUUGAAAACACCAUAAACGAGAGAUCCAGCUGGGUUCCAGGCAAGUCUCUCGUAAGAAUAAAUUUGCUCGUAAAUGAAUGUGUUUCGCUAAUUUUGUGCAAUUUUGGGUUCAAGUGGAACUUAAGGUUGAAACGUAGCACAAUACUCAUACGGUUUCUGAUAAAUUUUCAACAGCUCACGACCUGUUUCGCCCUUCUUGGGGCUCAACAGGAGAAAUCUGAUGUAUUGCUGUCCAAAAAGCUGGCGUGGGUUUUACGACAUGGUGCUGUGAAAGUCGGGCUGAACUACAUGCCAGGGGGAUUCCUUUAUUUGGACGAACUACUUGGUUUGGCUAAAUUCCGUGGUGUUACCGAAGCGGAAAUCCGCCAUGUUGUGGAUAACAAUGACAAGCGACGCUUUGAAAUGUGCAUGGACCCUGAAAGUGGACGAAUGAAAAUACGUGCGUUCCAGGGUCAUAGUGUUCAAAUUUCUCACCCCGCGCACACAUUGAUCACAAUUCCUUCAGAUUUCCCGACCGUCCUGCAUGGCACUUAUUUCCGAAACUGGGAGAAAAUUCGUACCGAAGGACUGAAACGUAUGGGUCGUACACACAUUCACAUGGCAGCAGGUGAACCAGGAGAUCGUGGAGUGAUCAGUGGUGUUCGCGCCAAUGUAGAGGUGCUGAUCUACAUAGACCUUGCUCGAGCCAUGGCUGACGGGUAUAGGUUUUACAUCACACCAAACCGCGUUAUUCUAACAGAGGGAAACACGGACGGUUGUCUGCCACCAAAGUACUUUAAAGCCGCAUAUCAGCUACGCCCACGUCGUGAACUGAGCCUGUCGUAGAACCGAAUUCCCAUCAGCUGACUCGAACUCAUGUCUACAC